AUGCAGGCGGCAGCACGGUUAAUAGAAAAGGUAAAAAGUCGGCACGAUGACGAUGUGAUUGACCGUGCUAACUACGUAUACACAGCCACAAUGUUUGGUAUGUUCGCGACUAUUACUAUGGCCAAACAAUAUGUCGGAGAGCCGUUACAGUGCUGGAUACCACCUGAGUUCAAGGUAAGUUCUUUUUGAGGCAAAAACAAAGGUUGAUUUAGCAAUAAAAUUAAUAGUAAGCCAAGGUUAAUAUACAGUAAGAACAUGUAUAUAUAGUAAGAAUACUCACGGUUAUAUACAGUAAGAAUAUCUAUAUCCAAUAAGAAGACUUUUUCAGGGUUGGUGGGAGAAAUACUCGGAAAGUUACUGUUUCGUGGAAAACACUUACUAUGCCAAUAUACACGAGAAGUUACCGGACAGUAAAGCCGACAGAGAAAGCAGGGAGUUACAGUACUACCAAUGGGUCGGGUUCAUGAUGAUAGGCCAAAUGAUCUUCUUCAUCUUGCCCAAAGCUGUUUGGAAUAGUCUCAACCUCAAGACUGGUAAUUUAAAUUAGUUGUACUUGAAUAUAAAAUUUAUUAAAUCCAAAGAUUUUAAUCUUUUGAACUUGUAUUUGCAUGUUAUCUUAGCCAUCCAUACAUAAUAUGUAUACUUUUAACAACUAUUUAAGGUCUGAACAUCCAGUCGCUGAUAUCCACCUCCAAACUCACGUUGAAGAAAGGCAACAACGCUGUGAUCAAAGACAACACAAAAGAUGACAUCCAAAAGGCUUCCGAGUACAUGAAGACGCUACAUCGCUUCAACAAGGAUCGUAUUUCGACCCAGUCCAGGAAACCUCUGAACGCCAAGUUCUGGAAUGGCUACAUCACCAAGCUGUAUUUGCUGUUCAAGGUGAUCAACCUGUUCAACUCCAUCAUCCAAUUGUAUGCUUUGAACCGAUUCCUCGGCCCUAAAUACACCUUCUGGGGAUACGGACUCCUGAUGGAUUUGCUACAAGGUAAACAAUGGCAGGAAUCUGGACACUUUCCCCGAGUAAGUUGCCCUUUGCCAUUUCACAUCCGGUACAGUCUCAGGACACCUGAUAAACAGUUGGAGUGAGCUUAUUUACGACUCUAAUGAGAUAGAUCAGGAGCUGAUUUGGGGCAAAGAUCACGAGUUACGUAAACAAGCUUGUUGACGUCAACUUUUAUAUAUUUCAGACUUUUGAGUAAAGAUGACCGAUGUUGUAGUAAAGAUAACGGGCAACAUUACAAUCACAAGGGGUUUACGCUGUGAAAGUCAUAUUUUGUCAUAUUAACCAUAUUAAACAAGCCCAAAUUUUUUAAAAUGGGUCGAAAGUUUAUAGAUUAACUGCACGGUGCAACCAAUUAAAUAUUGUUACCUUUUUUGCCAUUUUCAUCUUCAUAUUCACUUCAUGACCAUUCUUUAUUCCAUUUUAAAAUUUAGGUAACCUACUGUGAUGUUGAUGUUCGUCUACCAGGAGACGUUGUGGCCCAAUACACAUUGCAAUGUGUACUGGCCAUCAACAUGUUCAACGAGAAGAUCUACAUCUUCAUCUGGUUUUGGCUGUUCGGCUUGAGUAUCUUGAACUUCUUGAACCUUUGCAAUUGGAUCUUCCUCGUACUCAGCGAGAAGAAUGCUAUCAAAUUUGUGCAAACUCAAUUGGUAAGUAAUUGACAUCCUUCACAUUGCCUACAAACUGACAAUUGUGGUAUUUAGUACUACAAUAUCAUCAUUAAGGGCUUUCAAUAAUAACUUCUUAUUAGGUGUAAUGACAAUUAGUAAAAAGUUGUGGUAAAAUGCCUAAUUUUAAGGUUUUUAUAUUAGGAAUGGUCAAAAAAUGUCUAGAACUUCCUUGUAUUCAAUGUCAUCACCUUCUUAAACUAUUUGAUAUCACUAUAUCACUAACUUCUUAAACUUUCUAUUUACUUUUCCCUAAUCAAGUACACCAUUAUCAAUAUAUUUCGCGUGUUAAGCAUUGACGUUUGUAGUUAUUAGAUUGUAACUGUUGAUUAUCAGUUAUUUACUCGUUAAACGGCAGGAAAUGGAGUAGUAGUGUGUUAUCAACUUUAAACAAUAAGUAGUAACAAGUUGUUAUCUUGACCGUUUCAAUGAACUCUAUUAUUCACCAAUAUUACAUUCAUACACAACACAAACAUAUUAUUGUUUUGUGAUUGUUGGUGUUGAAAACACUGUCAAACGCGUUUCCAAACCAUUACUCACUGUUUUUGAAACAGAAUCUACCACAACAUAAAUUUGUGAAACGUAUACUUUCGCAUGAUAAUAGUAUUGCAUACCAAUGACUUUGGUAUGUUUUUGUAUACUAAUGGCUUGUAUAUUAAUAGCUGGCAUUAGCAUUCCGAGACGAUCUUUAAACCGCAAACUGUUUCAGUGAUCAUUUCUGAUAUUAUUGUUUGUAUUAGUAUUGCUUUUGGUCUGAAAUUGUUGACAAAGUGGGAGAUCUGUUCGUAUGACUAAUCUGGAUACCAAAAUAGGCAGGCUUUAGUUUGCAAAGCAUGAUGCAUGAACACCAGGGAUAAAUAAUGUCGAACGGGUUUCGAAAUAUAUUAUAGUUGGAUCCGAAAAGGAGUUUAUAUUGUAGUUGGUUUCGAAACUGGAAUGCAUACAAAAAUAGUCAUUAGAAUACGUUUGAUGAUCAGUCAAACAAAACCGUUGAAUGGGUUAGAGAAAACAACAAAGAAGCGAAAGUAAUGGCGAAAAGAAGACGCGAGCGAACAGUGCGUGCGUAGUGCGAUGGUAACGCGCUCGCUUUUUAAUCCAGAGGUGCGGGUUCGAUCCCGUCCAGGCGGCCUUGAAGAAACAUUAGACUAGAGUCUCCGAUACACUGUGUGGACAAGUUCAUGGCGGAGCCGUCUUUUUGCAACUAUUUUUUUAUUUUGAAAUCUGUCUGAUGUCAAGAUAAUACCCAAGUAACAUUAAUUAUAAAAAGUCCAAUAACACCCUCCAAUUGAAGGAAUUUGUGAAGAACUGACUAUAAUUAUGAAAAAGUCCAAAAGAACAGUAUAAUUCCCGAAAAGUACAAACAGACGUCUACAAUUUAUUCACACAGCCUCUUAAUUACUAACUCGACACCUAGAAAACAAACUCUCACAUUAUCACCUAUUAUAGCUUACACCCACAGCAUAAUUAGCUACAAUUGCGGCCCCUUGACUUGUAAUUACUAAGCUACAGAGUUGAGGGCUCUAAAGUUGUAAUCCAUCCGUUCCUAUAGAAAACGAGUUUCUUUCAAAAUGUAAAAUAAAAUAUUCUUAAUGAUUAAUACCCAAAGAAUUGUCGCCUAAUGCAAAUUCAAUAGUAUAUUCUAAGGAAUAUUCUAUUAUUACCUCAAUUUGCAAACCUAUUGUUAAUGAAUUUACUUGCAGGCUUGUGGUUAAUAUAUUAAAUUAAAGAAUUAUAGUUCAUGUAUUAACUAUUAGCUUGUUUGUACUAUAAUGUCUUGACAGGCGGACUUAUAUUAAUGAGUUUACAUAUUUGAUUUUAGGCCUACAAGAAUGUUGAUUUGGACUCUGUAAAGACGAAGGAAUUCAUGGGAAGCUACUUGUACUUGGACGCUGUUACAACGCUACGCUUGGUACAGUUGAACUGUGGAGACUUUGUUUCUUCCGAUCUUAUCAGUUAUCUGUACAAAGAUUACGCUCCUGUUAUCGAAGAGACGAAAAGUGAACCAGAACUACCAGUCGAAGCAAAGGUACCCCCAAUGUUGCAAUCAGACCCCGAAAAGCAAGCGCCGAUCCACUUUCACUAA